ACACACUGAAUCGAUUUUAUCGAUGAUCAUUCUGAAAAGACAAUUGUGUUUUAUUAAUGAUCAUUUUCAACUUAUCCAUCCUUUAUCAUCAUUAACAUUAUGUUCUAUUUAGUUUGGGCGUUUUAUUCAGUCAUCUUCUUUUAUUACUUUUCAGGUAUCUCAAAUGCUUUAAAAUGUGCAUACUAUAAACCCUCUUCAAAAUCAACAUUGAAUAAAUUCUUUCCAUUUGAAAAUUAUUACGAUAACAUUCGACAGCAUAAUGUCGAUGAUGUCUUCGGCCAAAAACAUUUAGUGAAAAAACCCAUUGGUGUCGAUCAUGAAAGUAGUGAUAAUGAAUACGGUGCGGCAAUCAUUUCCUGUUCAACCCAUUGUUUUGCAUUAUGGUUUUAUGAUCCAUUUGAUUUAGCAAACGUCAAUCGAUAUCGAUUGAUUACUAGUGGAUGUGCAGAUGACUUGUCUCUACACGAUUUUUUAAAUUGUGAUCGCCAACAAUGCAUAUUUUCUUUGAAAAACAAUGUAACUUCCCUAAAUAAUGAUAAUUAUACAAGUUUUUGUUGCUGUUCUGGUGAUAUAUGCAACAUCGAUUACUCUAUUCAUCUUAUCGGAAAUGAACUGGUCAAUUCUGGGGAUGAUUUAAUGCUUCUAGAUUCGAACUCUUUAGAUGAAAACAAUUUUUCUAAGGAGACCACGAUUUAUUUCAUCUUUUUGUCAUUUGUCUGUAUGGUAUUCUUUGUAUUCACGAUAAUUUCGACCAAGUUUGUUAAAUCGAUCUAUGUCAACAAAAAAAUGACCAAACAACAAAAAACUACUACUGAUUCUUUGCAUUUGCUUGAAUCGUCAAAUACUUAUCAAAAUCAAAAUGCCCAUAAUCAAUAUAACCGAUCAUCAAUACAAAAAAUUUCCAAAGAUUUUCUUCCAGAAAACCUGUGUUUUAUUGAAACCAUCGGACAUGGUAAAUAUGGAACCAUUUGGAAAGGAAAAUUCAAUGACAUGACUGUUGUCAUCAAAGUCUGUUCGGAUUCAAACCGUAAACAUUUAUGGACCAAUGAAUCUCAGAUAUAUUCAUUACCAUUGAUGAAUCAUGCGAAUUUGUCCAACUUUUUUCAUAACAUCGAUCGAAUAGCUGAUGAUGGACAAAUUGAACAUUGUUUAGUCAUCGAAUAUGGUCAUUAUGGAUCAUUGCAAACAUAUCUGGCUGAGCAUACAUUCGAUUGGACGCGAAUGUGUGAAUUAUUCAAAUCAUUAGUAAAAGGUCUUGCCUAUCUCCAUACUGAAAUUCAUGACGAUGGUAAAAUCAAACCCAGUAUAGCUCACUGUGAUCUUUGUUCAGCUAACGUAGUUGUCAAAGCCGACGGAACCUGUAUGAUCUGUGAUUUUCAAUUUGCAGUCCGUUUUCUACCAAAUUCUAGCUAUCGACCAUCGUUAACAAUUGAUGAUGAAUUGCGAUCCGGCUUAACUAGAUAUCUAGCUCCAGAAAUAUUGGAUGCUUCAAUCAAUUUACGACCAACAGAAUCGUUAUUGAAACAAGCAGAUGUUUACUCCCUAGGUCUUAUAUUAUGGGAAAUUGCAAGCAGAUGUACCGAUUUAUAUCAAGGAAUCGACGUACCAGCAUAUAAGCUACCAUACGAAUAUGAAGUUGGUCUCACGCCUACGUUGGAUCAGAUGCGAUUGUUGGUCAAUAAGCACAAAGCUCGUCCUCUUUUUCCAGACAUUUGGAAAGAUUCGAAUUUUGCCAUUCGAUUGUUAAAGGAAACUAUUACUGAAUGUUGGGAUCAUGAACCAGAAGCACGACUUACUUCGCUUUGUAUUGAUGAACGUAUCAGUGAAUUACCAACAUUGUGGAAGCGACACAAAAUGGAAACAUUAUCCAGUUGUUAUGUUAUUGCAGCUUUAUUACAAGAAAAUUCGAAUAACGUCGAUAUAGAGAACAGGAUUAAUAAUCAAAAAGUAUCGAUCGAAUCUGAAAAAGAAAAUCUACAUUGGAAUUUUGUCUCGAAGAAAAAGAGGCAAACAAAAAGUCAAUUAGAAAACAGCAACAAUCAAUCAAUUAUCAUGCCAAAUGAAUAUUCAAAUAUAUGCUACAUAAACAAAUUCGAAAAUUCCUUACACGAUAAAUUCAAUAAUCACCAUCAUCUUCUACAUCAUCCUCAUCAUAAGCAUUAUUUUCAUCAUCAACAAAGAUCGUUGAAUAACACUAAACGCUUACAUCAUUCUUCGAAUUUCGUUGAAAAGAAUUUUAAUAUAAAUAAUUUGAAUCAAUCAUCCAAUAAAUUGACAUUACCUAUACAGCCAUAUCAUGCACGUAAUCCGUGCCUAGAACGCAACUUAUUGAUCAAUGAAAUUGAUGAACAUGAUAAUGAAAUUCUUGAACAAGGACUUAAAUUCAAAAAUCAAACUUCUCAUCAAUCCGAUAUCAAUUUCGAUACUAUUAUUGACAUGAAUCUCGAUUCCAAUGAAAUCACACAUCACAAUGGCCAUGAUUCAAUGGAAAACAGAUCAUUAAUUCGAUCAUCAACUGCACCUAUGCCAAUUCCAUUCGUACAAAAUUAUGUCAAUUCAGCUGAAGCUGUGAAUACAGAUGGUGAUUCUCCGCAGCCAGAAUUUAUUCGUAUCAAAGAUGUAAAUAAAUAUCGUGAUUCCGCAUCACAUCAGCGUCAAUAUUCGUUUAGAUUUUUAAAGAAUCAAAAUCGGUUCUUGAAUUUUGUUCGCGGAAAAUUUCAUUUCGAUUCGAUCUGGAUGAUUAACAAAAAUAAGCAACGUCCACAUCCAUUAUGUCCAUCAUCACCAUCAACGUUGAUAAAUGCAACAAGAAAUCUAAAGUCACAAGAAGAGUCUCAUGAUAAUUGCGAUCAGUCAAAAUUAUCAGCCAAUUUGAUCUCAUCUGAAACAAAGCAUUCUAAUUUUUCUGUCACCAAUGAUUCUUCACAAUUCGCAACCAUUUCAUUAAACUUACCGCAACAAGAUCAAGUUAAACCACAUUCAAUAAGCAACAAUACAACGACAAUAAACGAUGAUCCAACAAAUACGGGUAGUUCUGACCUAUUAAACGGUAGUAGUGAUACUUUUGUAAAGAUUCAACCAUUUUAAUCUUCAUUCAUGAAUCUAAUUUGAUUGUGAUUUUCGUUCUAAUUCUUCUUCACAAUAACAAUAAUUUUCAUGAUACAUCAUUUUUAUAUGAAAAAAAUUAUAUGCACCGUAUUGUUCGCCUAAAA